UUAGAAGAGGAGGCUUCCCGGAGCCAAUGUUUCAGCGAAUGCAUGGCUGCUUUUCUUCUAAAGGUUUCACUUCUUGCCUCACACGGUAAAAGAGACAAAAUAGCGAAUCAGAUAGUUCAGAUACAACUUGGUUCAGAGACGUGUCACCUAUAUGUAAUACAACUCUUGGUGGAUUGAAGCAGCAGCACGAGAAUUGGAGAUCAUUUUCAUCUUUGAGAACGGAGGCGUGAGAGCCGGGAUGAAUGGUCACAUGUCUAACCACCCCAGUGGCUAUGGAAUCUACCCUUCUCAAAUGAAUGGUUACGGAUCUUCACCACCCUAUUCCCAGAUGGACAGAGAACAUAGUUCAAAAACAAGCGCAAAGGCCCUUUAUGAACAAAGGAAGAACUAUGCCCGAGACAGCGUCAGCAGUGUGUCAGAUGUAUCCCAGUACCGAGUGGAACACCUGACCACCUUUGUGCUGGAUCGGAAAGAUGCUAUGAUAACUGUUGAUGACGGAAUAAGAAAGCUGAAGUUGCUUGAUGCCAAGGGCAAAGUAUGGACUCAGGAUAUGAUCCUCCAAGUGGAUGACCGAGCUGUGAGCCUGAUUGAUUUAGAAUCGAAGAAUGAACUGGAGAAUUUUCCUUUAAAUACAAUCCAGCAUUGCCAAGCUGUGGUGCAUGCAUGCAGCUAUGAUUCCAUUCUUGCCUUGGUGUGCAAAGAACCAACGCAGAACAAGCCUGACCUCCACCUUUUCCAGUGUGAUGAGGUUAAGGCAAACCUAAUUAGUGAGGAUAUCGAAAGUGCAAUCAGCGACAGUAAAGGUGGGAAACAGAAGAGGCGGCCUGAGGCCCUGAGGAUGAUUGCCAAAGCAGACCCCGGUAUCCCGCCUCCUCCCAGAGCCCCCGCCCCUGUGCCACCGGGGACUGUCACCCAGGUGGACGUCAGAAGCCGAGUGGCAGCCUGGUCUGCCUGGGCAGCUGACCAGGGUGACUUUGAGAAGCCCCGGCAGUACCAUGAGCAAGAAGAGACGCCUGAGAUGAUGGCAGCCCGGAUCGACAGAGAUGUGCAAAUCUUAAACCAUAUUUUGGAUGACAUUGAGUUUUUUAUCACAAAACUCCAAAAAGCAGCUGAAGCAUUUUCUGAGCUUUCUAAAAGGAAGAAAAGCAAGAAAAGUAAAAGGAAAGGACCUGGAGAGGGUGUUUUAACACUGAGGGCAAAGCCACCUCCUCCUGAUGAAUUUGUUGACUGUUUCCAGAAGUUUAAACACGGAUUCAACCUUCUGGCCAAGCUCAAAUCUCACAUCCAGAACCCGAGUGCUUCAGACCUGGUACAUUUCUUGUUUACUCCACUGAACAUGGUGGUCCAGGCAACAGGUGGUCCUGAACUGGCCAGUUCGGUACUCAGCCCCCUGUUGACUAAAGAUACAGUUGAUUUCCUAAAUUACACGGUCACCUCGGAAGAGCGGCAGCUGUGGAUGUCGCUGGGUGAGACUUGGAUAAAAGUCAGGGCAGAAUGGCCGAAAGAACAGUUCAUCCCACCUUACGUUCCGAGGUUCCGCAACGGCUGGGAGCCCCCAAUGCUGAACUUCAUGGGCGCGCCCACAGAGCCAGACAUGUAUCAGCUGGCUGAGUCCGUGGCCAACGUGGCAGAGCACCAGCGCAAACAGGAUAGCAAGAGACUGUCCACAGAGCAUUCCAGUGCUUCCGAUUAUCCUCCAGCUGAUGGGUAUGCAUUCAACAAUAGCAUGUACAGCAGAGGGCCACAUCUGGACCAAGGGGAGGCCGCCAUGGCUUUCAAGUCAACGCCCAACCGCCAUGUAGAUAGAAAUUAUGACUCGGUCAAAACACAACCCAAGAAAUACGCCAAAUCCAAGUAUGACUUUGUGGCGAGGAACAGCAGCGAACUCUCAGUUCUGAAGGAUGAUGUUUUAGAGAUACUUGAUGACAGAAAACAAUGGUGGAAAGUUCGGAAUGCCAGUGGAGACUCUGGGUUUGUGCCAAAUAACAUUCUGGAUAUCGUGAGACCCCCAGAAUCUGGAGUGGGGCGUGCUGACCCCCCAUACACACAUACCAUACAGAAACAAAGGAUGGAGUAUGGUUCCAGACCGGCUGAUGCCCCUUCUGCCCCAUCCCCCCCUCCAGCACCAGCACCUGUACCCGUCCCCCUUCCGCCUUCUGUACCAGCACCCGUUCCGCUGCCCAAGGUUCCCGCAAACGUCACCCGUCAGAACAGCAGCUCCAGCGACAGCGGGGGCAGCAUCGUGCGAGACAGCCAGAGAUACAAACAACUCCCCGUGGACCGAAGGAAGUCUCAGAUGGAGGAGGUGCAGGACGAGCUAUUCCAGAGGCUGACCAUCGGGCGCAGUGCCGCCCAGAGGAAGUUCCAUGUGCCACGGCAGAAUGUCCCAGUGAUCAACAUCACUUACGACUCCACGCCGGAAGAAGUAAAGACCUGGCUGCAGUCGAAAGGAUUCAAUCCCGUGACUGUCAACAGCCUGGGGGUGUUGAACGGAGCACAACUCUUUUCUCUCAAUAAAGAUGAACUGAGGUCUGUCUGCCCCGAAGGCGCCAGAGUCUUUAGCCAAAUCACUGUUCAGAAAGCUGCUUUGGAGGACAGUAAUGGAAGCUCCGAGUUACAAGAGAUCAUGAGGAGACGGCAGGAGAAGAUCAGCGCUGCUGCCAGUGACUCUGGAGUGGAGUCUUUUGAUGAAGGAAGCAGCCACUGAUUGGUUCCUUGAACUCCGCCGUUAUUCUUGGCAUGGUUGGACAUGCUUUGUUUAAGAAGCCUUGAAGGGAAUGUCAAAUCUGUUGUCUUGAUACAUGUAGCUUAUCGCCAUAAAAGAAAAGAGUGUAUACCUGAGUGAGCAGAGGACGUGCUGCUUCUGUGCAUAUUCCUUUGAUUAAGAACUAAGAUGCGGGGCAGGUCAGGUGGCUCAGCAAGCAGAGGCACCUGCUGCCAAGCCCAUGAGCCUGAGUUUGAGUCUCUGGACCUGCGUGGCAGAAGGAGAGAGCUGGCUUCUGCAAGUUGUCCUCUGACCACCAGCCAUAAAUAACAGGUGUAAUUCAGAAAAAUGUAAAGGAAACUUAAGUAAGGAAAACCAGAAGUUUUAGACCGUUUUCACCUUGGGAAAUCUUUUUUUGCACUCUCCUAAGGCACGCUUCCCUUUGCUCCAUUAAUUAUCUCAGCCCUGCUGGAUGAUCUAGACAGGGAUGUUUUACAAUGGCAGACCUCCCCGUUGCAACAAGGAAAAGCUACAGCCGUUGAUGAACACGUCCGCCUGCUCAGCUUUUAGUGACUGACACGCCAGUGUUCAGGGAGGAGGCUCAGGUAGACUACCAUCGGCUUAGUCUAGGUCUCUCCGUCGACACACCCAAUGACAGCAUACUUAGGUUAUGUUUUCGUUUUUUAAGUUCGUAAUGCCAACAGUUUUGAAAAUCACCUUUGAAUGAACUGUACAAUGUGGCCAGACCCUGACCGUGCAAACAGAAGACUAUAUAGUACGUUCCCAAGAUGUUUUGUUCCUCAGAGCUCUGCCGAUUGCAAAAUCUUGCAUAGAUUCUACUUUGAUUUAGUUUAUAUUCUGCUUAUUCUGUAAACUGUAAUUAAACAUGAGAAAGCACAAGUUGGGGAGUAAGUCACGUGCACUCACAAUCAAUCAAAGUAGCCCACCUCGGUGUUUAUUACAGUAUUUUGCUGAGUGAAGGCCUCAGUUAUAAAUAUUGAUGUAAGUAGAGAAAGGAUAUUGGGCCAUUUUAUGUGUUUUAUCUGUGUAACAAGGGAAACCUAAUUUACAUGUACUUUAACCCCAUGAAAGAAUCUAAAUAGAGAGAAGGAUAGCUAACCUUCAACAAAUGUUAUUUUUGGAAACACAGUCUUUGUCAUUAAAUGUAAUAUUAUUUCACAUAUAUAAAGAAGAUGUUAUGUAAGAAUGUUGUAUAUUUUAACAUAAAUCCAUUUAGAGAGAUUAUCUAGAUUCAUUAAUUUUUCAUAGUGCCUUUUUCACAUGAGUCAGCUGCAAAGAGUCUGCAAUAAACAGUAUUUGCUGUAUAUUAAUAAAUAGCUUCUAUCUCAUCGGCACAAAGGAUGUUUGCUUUGUAGACCCGGCACUUGGAUUGAACAGAAUGAGAGAGGAGGUCCGUGUAAACAGAAAGAAGGCUCCAGUGUCUGUGCAGACAGCAGCCUGGGGUGCUCUCACGUGCUCCACCGCGCUCUGCCUCCCUUGUUUUAACAUCUCUGCCUUCCACCAUCAAGUCAUAGUUGCCAACAAGAGUGAAAACUCACACACACUGCAUUUGUAACUGAUAACUGCUCCAAGGGAAUCUGUGUCUAGACAGCUGCAGUAACUGUGAGCAGCUUCUAAGGGAGCAAGCUUCCAAAGACGAUGAAGGGCAUGGCGGCCUUCAUCUUCAUCUCUGUCUGCCCAUCAUUCCCUCAUCACUCCGAGGAGAUGUGAGGUGAUGAAGGAGAGUCAGUUUAGAUCUCUUACACCCCUGCUUUUAGUGAAAAAAAAAAAGUCUCUGAAAUACAAACUAAAACGUAUUUAGAUGCCAUGGUUGGAAAGUAGCAUGUCCAACAGAGAAAGAAUUGACAGGAUUUGUAUCUCUGUGUUAUGAUACAAAGGGAAUGUAUAAGAGAUGCAGUAAUUGCGGACCCAAUGAACUUCAGAACAUAGGACACUAAAGAGUGGUGAUAUUUAGAAGGCUGAGACAAUCCUGUCAGUGCUUAUGUCCAGACACCUGAGGAGUCUGGUCUGUGAAAAGUUUGAGGAGACAGCCCGCAGAGCUGGCAGGUGAAGUUUUGAGAAAGCAGCGUAGUCUUGGUGAUGAUCUGGUUUCAAAAGGAUGAAUUCACGAGUCAGAAGAGAGGUUCAGACUAUCCAUGGGGUAGCAGAGCACACCUCGGGAGAGCAAGCCAUGCUUGCUCAUGAACUGCUUGACCCCUCAGAGGCUGCUUCCAGGAGUUCAGGGAAAGGAUAGUAGGCACUUGCACCUACCACCACCACCGUCGCCGCUGCUGCUGCUGCUGACGCUGACACUGAGGUGCCACUCGCAGACUGGAGACCCAAUGUCAGGGUGACGGUGAUGACAAUGGGAAGUAGCAAGCUGAGAUCAUUGCUGUCUCCCCAUCUGUGAAUCUGCUGUGUCGUUGGAGAGAAGCUGUCCAACUAGCACGUGGUAAAGCUCCAGAUCACAACACGGAGAACAAAGCAGUAGACUGAAGAGCUGUCCAGUGCCUGCUUCUGCCCACUUACACUCUUGGCUUUCUUUUCUGUAUGUGUUUUAAAACUAUAAAAUUUGUAAAAUUAUAAAAA